GAUAGAUAGCAAACAGGACAGGCAGGCAGUGUUCUCUUUUAACCAUCAACGCCACCCUCAUCACCUCUCCACCCCUUCGUGACCAUGUCUGCAACUGACCUCAAGCUCUUUGCUCGCGUGCUCUCAGACAUCUCCGGUUGGCUCUACUUCGCCCUCUGGUCCCUCUCCUUCUACCCCCAACCCCUGCUCAAUCACCGCCGCCGCACAACCACUGGCCUAACCCCGGACUUCCCCCUCCUCAACGUCUUCGGCUUCACCUGCUACACCCUUGCCACCGCCGCCCUCCUCUACUCUCCCGCAAUCCGAAAACAAUAUGCUGCUCGCCACCCUUCCGCCCCGGAACCAACCGUCCGUUUCAACGACCUCGCUUUCGGCGUCCACGCUUGGGUUCUAUGUGCGAUAACGUUCUCCCAAUUCUGGCCUAGCUUAUGGGGCUGGAAGCCCGUCAAGGAUGUGACGCGAAGACCCAACGCAAUCACCUUGACCAUCCUCUCGGCCAGCCUGCUCGCCAUCGUGCUGGUAACCUUCCUCGUCCUAACCGAAACAAACGACCACCCAAACCAAUGGGCGUGGCUCGACGUUAUCUACACCCUAGGCUACACAAAACUCCUCUUAACAAUCUUCAAAUACACCCCCCAAGUGCACUCCAACUUCCGCCGGCGCUCCACAGCGGGGUGGUCGAUCCACCAAGUCUUACUCGACUUUGGCGGCGGGGUGCUGAGUAUGCUGCAACUGGUCAUUGACAGUGCGUUGCAGGCGGAUUGGUCGGGACUUACUGGCAACCCGGCGAAAUUCGGCCUGGCGAAUAUUAGUUUGGGGUUUGAUGUAAUCUUUCUAGUACAGCAUUACGUGCUUUACGGGCCGGUGGAGCGGGGGCAGGGAGGGGGAGAGGGAGGGGAUGGGAGGGAUCUGAGCAAACGGGAUGGUGUGGGAUUUGAGGUGGUGGAUGGGGAGAGGAGGCCGUUACUGCCCACGAGCAGAUGA